ACACCUAAUCCUGGCGAAGUAUCCUCCCCUCCAUGUUUAAGCCCUUCACGUCCCCUCUUUCAAUCCCUCCCUUUACCUUCAAAUAAAGAAAACCUCUCUUCCUCUUCUUCUUCUUCUCCCACCCAAAGGCCCUUCCCUUCUUCUUUUUGUUCCCUCCAAUGGUCAUGUCCCCCGGUUCUUGAGCUCGAUCCAUCGGGACGACCCUGAUAUUAUAAUGUUGCAGAGAGCGGCGAGCAACGCCUACUCGUGGUGGUGGGCCAGCCACAUUCGCACCAAGCAGUCGAAAUGGCUCGACCAGAGCCUCCAAGAUAUGGAGGAGAAGGUCACUGAAACGCUCAAAAUCAUCGAUGAUGAUGGCGAUUCAUUCGCCAAAAGAGCGGAAAUGUACUACCGGAAAAGGCCGGAGCUUAUUGCCUUUGUGGAAGAAUCCUACAAGUCGUACCGAGCUCUUGCAGAGCGAUACGACCACCUCUCCAGGGAGCUCCAGAGUGCAAACCGCAAGAUAGCCACGGCCUUUCCCGAGGAACUCCAGUUCGAUGUCGAUGAUGAAGAUGAAGAUGAGGAACUCUUACGGAAGUCUGGUCAGUCCCCCGAGAACCAACCCAAGGACCUCCAGGAUGGACAGAAGGCUCGGAUCCCGAAGGCCCCUGGCGGUCCCGGGAAAGAUUUCAGGAGCCCGUCUACGCUAAUGUCGAGGAAAGGCCGGCCUAGGCAAACUCCAAGCUAUGCCAAAGCUCCUGUUGCUGUUCCUGCUUCGGGUUUAAGCAAGACCGAGGCACUGGAGGAGCUCGAUAAGCUUCAGAAAGAGAUACUGUCAUUGCAGACGGAAAAGGAAUUCGUCAAGAGUGCGUUUGAAAGGGGGAAGGAGAGGUACUGGGAGAUCGAGCACCAGAUAACGGAGAUGCAGCAGAAGGUUUGCAGCUUGCAGGACGAGUUCUCCAUUGGCAUUGUGAUUGAAGACAACGAAGCUCGCACUUUGAUGGUGACGACUGCCCUGAAAUCGUGCCAGGAGGCUCUGGUCAAGUUGCAAGAGAGACACCGGCAAUCAGAGGAAGAGGUGAAAGUCGAGGAUGAAAAGAUUCAGGAAGCAUACGAGAAGUUCCAGACCCUCAGCGGUGUGUCUGUUCCCAGACAGAAGGAUGCUCCCGGCGGGCAAACUGAGGAAAAGAGUCUCACGGAUAGGGACAGUCGAGAGAUGAAGUCUCCAAGCCCAAAGGUUGAUGCCGAGCCGAGGGAGAAGGACGAGUUGGAGUUGGCUCGGGAAAAAAUGAGAGAAGAGAUCGAUGCCAAGGUCUCUGUGCCGGAGAUAGCAGAGAAGAUCGAUGAUCUGGUGGACAAGGUAGUUAAUUUAGAAAUGGAAGUCUCUUCGCAGGCUGCCCUGGUGAGGAGGUUAAGGUUAGAAACAGCCGUCCUCCAAGCACAUAUCCUAUCCCUUGAAAAGGAGAAGGAGAAUACGCCGGUCGACAGUACAGAAAAAAUGAAAGGUAAAUUUAAGGAAUUCGAAGAGGAGCUGACACGGGUGAAGAACCUCAAGCAGCACGUCGUGUCUCAGUGCCAGAACCUUCUAUCUCAAUUUAACGAAGCUACCAGCAACAUCAACAAUCUUUCGGAGAAACUGGAAAACUUGAAUUUAGAUGAUGAGGUAGAGAUGACAGGACUUUUCCAAGAGGCAAGAGCCGAGUCGGACGGUAAACAGGAUGAGGAGGAGAUUGGAGAGCAUCAAAACAUGCAGGCACGUGAUGGUGACCCAAAGGAAGAGGAAGAGAUCAAGGAUGGCAGGGUCCCGACUUAUCACAAUGCCAUCAAGACUAGGCAGGACGAAUUUUUCAUCCUUUCAGGCCCCAGCAGUGACUUCGACGCUUUAUCUGAGAAGCCCCAGGAGUCGGUGCAGCACGACAAGGAGGAAGGCCAUGAUUUGUUUGACACGAUCACAGAAAUGGAGAAUGAAUUCGGUGAAGGAGGGACAGAUGAGCAACCGAAUUGGAGGAAGCUGUUCCUGAACGGCUUAGAGGAUAGAGAAAAAAUCUUGCUCGAGGAGUACACUACAGUUCUUCGGAGCUACAAGGACGUGAAGAGUAAGCUCGGUGAAAUGGAGAAGAAAAACAGAGAUGGCCUCUUCGAGCUGGCAAUGGAGAUCAGGGAGUUGAGGAAUGCAAAUGCUCAGAAGGAAGAGGAGUUGGAGGCUUUGCGCCAAAAACUCGGUUCUACUCCUCCUGGAGCGACAACUCAGGAUGAAAACUCAAACGCCACAACCUCAAAUAACGAUUCUACAGCACAGCUGCCAUCAUCGUCAACGACAACAACUAAAUCGGGAAAACAGCCACUCUACAAGUUGCUGCUCCUGCAUAAUGACAGAUUCACAAGGAACAUGAAGUACAAGGAAGGCAAUGUCAACCUAUAUAAGAUCGGUAAAGGUGCUGCAGUCCCGACCAUGGAAGAGAAGCUGCGAGUGGAGAUUGAUGAGCUCAUGGAGGAGAAUCUUGAGUUUUGGCUAAGGUUCAGCACGUCUAUCCAUCGAGUACAGAAGUUCCAGACCACAUUCCAUGACUUGCAAGCUGAGCUAGCAAAGCUGAAGGAUGCCAAGAAGCAGCAGUCCAAGAAUGAAAGCAGUGCGCCUCCAAGCUCUGAGGUUCGGCCAAUAUACAAGCAUCUGAGGGAGAUACAGACGGAGAUAAAGCUGUGGUUCGAGCACAACAUGCUGCUGAACGAGGAGCUCCAGAAUAGGUCCUUGGCCCUGAGCAACAUCCAGGACGAGAUCUCAAGGGUCCUGGAGGUAGGCCCCGGCAUUGGGGGAGAAGAUGAUCUUAUCACAGAAUAUCAGGCUGCAAAGUUCCAGGGAGAGGUCCUGAACAUGCGACAAGAGAACAAGAAGGUCGAGGACGAGUUGCGGAUAGGCUUGGAUCGCGUAAAGAAGCUUCAGGCUGAGAUUGAGAGGACCUUGAAAGAAUUGGACAAGGAUCUUGGGAUCUCAGCAUCAAAGAAGCAGCAGCAGCCUCAUCACUCGAGAAGCAACUCGUCGGGCAGGUCUAGGAUACCCCUGCGAUCCUUCUUGUUUGGAGUCAAGCUGAAGAAGCAGAAGCCAUCGCUGUUCUCAUGCGUGAACCCAGCAUUGCAGAAACAGUACAGCGACAUGAGACGAGCACCGUUGCCCACUUAGUCCAUUAUUAGCUUCCUUCAAACCACCACCAUAUAAGUUACUUCAAAAACCUCCUACACAGAAAAAAAACUCCUAAUGGCAGUUUCUUUCUCUGUUGAUUUGUGAUAGUUUCAUGUAUUUCAGCAGAUACUGUUGGGAGCUAUGAUGUCGUGUUUCGUGUCGCUCCGUCGGGAAUGAUAGUCAUUUUCAACAUUGUACAUGUAUUAUUUCCACAACCAUAUAAAAAGAACUCGUGCUUUGUUACGUUCGGUAA